GUUUCGUCUGAUUGUUGUAAAGCUUUCGCAUCGAAUAGUUGGACUAGACCGAACGUGGUGCCAGAAUUUUUAAAUAAAAACAUGCCGUGAUUAAUUCAUAAAAUGAUUUAUAGUGUUGAUGUUUUAUGCAACUGGCGUUCGAGACUUGUUGAGUGUUUGCGUUCCCUGUGCCUUCUGAUAUGCUGUUGUUGUGGGAACAAAGUUUCGGCCGCGCCGGAGACUCGCCAAGUCGAGGUCGGCGUGGUCGACGAAGCAGACAAGAAGAAGCACAACAAAAUCAAAACCUCAAAAUACACUUUACUCAUGUUCCUGCCGAAAAACCUCUCUGAACAGUUUCGAAGAGUUGUCAACUUUUACUUUCUCAUCGUCACAGUUAUUGCCGUUGUUAUAGAUAGUCCUGUAUCGCCUUUCACAAGCAUCGCUCCGUUAUCAUUCAUGGUGUUCGUAACAGCUGUCAAGCAAGGCUACGAAGACUGGCUCAGGCACAAGACUGAUAAUAAAGUCAACAAUCAGAUUGUUGAAAUAGUCUACAAAGGCGUGAUCAAAGAAGUGAAAAAUUCCACGAUAGCCCCUGGAACCUUGGUUCGUGUAAAACGAGGAAGGGAAGUACCAGCCGACCUCGUGCUCCUCUGUUCCGCCGGAGAGAAGGGAAAAUGUUAUAUCACCACUGCGAAUCUGGACGGGGAGACCAAUUUGAAAACACUAAGGGUGCCCCCACCUUUAGUCGGGUAUACGCCGGACAUUUUGCCACAAAACAUGCGUAUCGAGAUACCGAACCCGGUGGCCGACUUGUAUACCUUUUAUGGACGCCUCGAGAUCCCGGGGCUAGACAGCCUGGUGCUGUCCACCGAUAACCUCAUGCUUAGAGGAUCCAGAGUCAAAAAUACGGAGUGGGCCAUAGGUUGUGCUAUUUACACAGGGGAAGAAAGUAAACUGGCUCUCAAUUCGAAAUACACAGGGAACAAGUUCUCAUCGUGCGAACUGGCCGUCAACGGGUUCCUGCUCUUCUUUAUUUUGGUAUUACUCAUCGAGAUGGUCGUGUCUUUGAUCGCCAAGCUUGUCAUAGAGCACAGGAACCCCGAGAAGGACCUGUACCUCGGUCCGGGCACCACGUUCCCGCCGCACGUCUCCGACCUACUUCAGGAUCUUUUCUCGUUUCUGCUGCUAUAUUAUUAUAUCAUACCGAUGUCUCUGUACGUGACCAUCGAGCUUUAUAAAUUUAUAGGAGCACUAUUUAUCGGAUGGGACGAAGACUUUCGCUGCGAGGACACAGGAAGACCGGCGAUGGCCAACACAUCGGACCUCAACGAAGAGCUAGGUCAGGUCGAGGUUUUGUUCUCAGACAAAACUGGCACCUUAACGAAAAACCUCAUGGUGUUCAAGACAUGUUCAAUCAAAGGCAACGUUUACGAAGAGAGGAGUAACCAGCUGUACAACGUGGAAAGGUUUGAAGAGCCCGUCGAUGUGCUUCAGACAGACAUCAAAUUUUUCUUCAAAAUCCUCGCCCUGUGUCAUUCGGUUCAAGUUUCCAGUGAAGACAUGAAGAAGCUUAGCGCACGACUGUCUGGCGGAGGAGAUACUCAACUGAUGAACUUCUUUCGAAGGAAAAAACAAAAUAAAAAUCCCAACAACGGCGUACUGGACAAUGUCAGUUGGGACUCGGCCUUGAAAGAAGCUGGCAGUAAAAUGGACUACCAAGGCAGCAGCCCCGAUGAGAAAGCAUUGGUGGAGGCCGCCGAUAGAGUGGGAGUCACGUUUUUGGGCGAAGAGGGCAAUAAUCUCGUAUUGAAAGUGGGUGAGAACACGGAAAUGUAUGAAAGAUUGCAACUCAUCGAAUUCACUUCGGAGAGGAAGAGGAUGUCAGUUAUUCUUCGUGAUAAAGACGGAAAGAUAUGGUUAUUUUGCAAGGGAGCCGAAAGCUCUGUGUUUCCACUGUGCAAAGACUCGGCUCUGGUGGAGGAGGUGAACAGGGACAUCAAUGCGUUCGCAGUGAAGGGACUGCGGACAUUAGCUAUUGCUUACAGAGAGAUUUCUGACGAGGAAUACACUAGAGUCUCCGAAAGCAUAAAGCAUGUAGACGGAAAGAGCGCGGAGGCUCUGCAGCAACUCACCCAGCAGUACCGGGUUUUAGAACAACAACUGAUAUUAGUCGGCGCCACUGGAGUCGAGGACUGUCUGCAGGACGACGUGGCCGACACGCUCGCCUCCUUACGAAGAGCUGGCAUCAAAACCUGGGUGCUCACUGGGGAUAAGGUGGAAACAGCGCUCAACGUGGCCCAGUCGUGCGCGCACAUAUCGGAGACGGACCGGCGCAUGUUCCUGGUCGGGGUGGAGUCGGCCGGCGCGCUGCUCGCCCACCUGGACGAGUGCCGCCGGAUCGUCGCCGAGCCCGGCUACCGGGACCUCACGCUGGUGCUGGACGGGACCAGCAUGACGCAGCUGCUGGACGCCGGCGCCGCGCAGGCCUUCGUCGAUAUAUCGCUGCAGUGCAACGCCGUGCUGUGCUGCCGACUGUCGCCCAUACAGAAGGCUAAGAUAGUGAGACUUAUAAAGAGCAGUCCGCAGCAUCCGAUCACGGCCGCUAUAGGCGACGGCGCUAAUGACAUCUCUAUGAUACAAGAGGCGCACGUCGGCUUCGGUAUAUUCGGAAGAGAGGGUCAUCAGGCCGCGAGAUCCGCAGAUUUCGCCAUAACAAAAUUUUCAAUGAUAAAAAAGUUUUUACUCGUGUUGGGACAUUGGUACUAUCAGCGGCUGGCGACGCUCAUACACUACUUCUUCUACAAAAAUCUAGUCUUAGGUAAUAUAAUGUUCGCGUUUCAAAUCCAAACGGCCUUUUCGACACAAUCGGUAUACGACUCGAUGUACCUGACGCUGUUCAACCUGCUGUUCACGUCGCUGCCCUGCCUCAUCCUGUCGGUGACGGAGCAGCGCUGGCCGGCCGACAUGCUGCUCAAAAACCCGACACUGUACAGAAGCAUCACGAAGAACAAGCUGAUGACGUGGUCUAACUUCGGGGUGUGGUGCCUCUCGGCCGUGUACCACUCUGUUGUCAUUUACAUGUUCACGUAUCUGAUAUUCGUCGUGCCCGUCAUUAAUCUCGACGGGAACACUGUCGACUUGUGGUCGUACGGCGCUGCGCUAUUCCACCUCACGAUGGUCACCGUGAGUCUCAAGCUGUGGCUGCAGGCGCGCUACCACACGCUCGUGUUCGUCGCCUCCACCCUGCUCUCCUUAUUCAGCUACCUCGUCUUCAACACGAUCUACUCGCUCGUCUAUCUACAAAUCGACGGUGACGUGCUAGGGACGUACAUUCGUUUACUAACAUCUCCUGCGUUCGCAUUUCUAAACUUGGUGGUUGUGAUCGCGACGCUAGUGCCGGACUACUGCGUGCGGCUCGCGUCGGACCGCGGGGGCCGCCCCCGCCACGCGCCCCCCACCCGCGCGCCUCCCGCCGGCCUCUCCACCAGGCUCUAGCGCCACCGCCGCGCCACCGAGUGCGGCCCUGCAUUCAACGUGACUCAAAUCAGUGUGACCAGUGUUACAAACUAUUUCAAAACAGUUUCAAAAAAACGCUUUUGAGGAGCCUUAAAGGAACAAGCGAGGAUAAUUUUUGUGAUAAAGUUACUAUUAAUUUAAAUAUAAUGUAAGCAGCACAUUAAAUUCAUUAUUUUACCACCUAGAAACUUUUGUGCGAGGUAGCAAGUUGUGAUGGCCAAAUCGAAAGAUAAUAAUGAAUAAAGGUUGUGAAUAGUAUUUGUGUUAAGAAACUAAAGUUAAAGUAGAUCAAUUUAUGUAAUUUAAGGUUAUGUAUAAGUAAGUGCAUAUAGAAUACCUAAUAAAUAUACCUAGUCUAAUAUCAUACCUGACCAAUACCCAUUUGGCAAAUUUUAUUCUUUAGCACACCGAAAUUCAGCCUAAUGUCAAGGUUUUUGUAGUUGUCACAGAUAGACGGGCAACCAUACUGUUUUUAAAAUUGGGGAACAGCAUAAGGAUAAUUUUCCAACAAACAGCUGUUUUUUCUUUAAGCAGAUUUACGGAACUUAUAAAUACCUAUAAACAUUUCGUAACCGCAGUCAAAUUUUUUGCCCAAUUUCUUAUAUUCAAUGAAGCUAAAUACCAGUAUGCCAGGGAAUUCGGAAUUGAAUUCACGAACAUUUAGUGUAGGUAUAAAGGUACAAAGCGUCUAGUUUAUAAAUACAAUGAUAUUAAUGACAAGAUUAUCAUUUUUGCACUCGUUAGGUACCUAACAUUUUGAAUUAUUAAUAAAUGAUUAUCCAGUACAUGAUGUACAACUAUAUAUAAGCUCGCAGUUGAGCUUGGUGUUCGCAGCCACUUUGAGAAGGCGGCACGACUUAAGAACCCUCUUGUCGUGGCCGCUGGAAACUACAUACCCGACCCUGUAAACCGAAUGGUAAACCAUCGACGUCGCCCUAAGCACGUCAUUACGGAUCCUCCUGAUCCAUUAACGGUGCUUUUAGGCACCACAAGCACCGGUCACCGUCCUCGUCGAACCCGUCGCUUGCGACGAAGGGCUUGACGAGUGAAUUAACCCAUAGACACAACCCACUGAGUUUCUCGCCGGAUCUUCUCAGUGGGUCGCGUUUCCGAUCCGGUGGUAGAUUCUGCGAAGCACUGCUCUUGCUAGGGUCAGUGUUAGCAACUCUCCGGUUUGAGCCUCGUGAACUCACCUACAAACGUUAGAGUGAAGCUGAAAUAGCCUCUCAAGGCUAUCAGCAUUAGUAGGAGAAAAAAAAAAUUGUGUUCGGCGUCGAAGCGUCGAUCUCCACAACGAUCUAAACCAGGGGCUCCCAAACUUAUUCUGUCUACUGCCCACUUUGAGAAUAAAUUAUUUUAUAUCGCCCCUAUUUUUUCACGUACUUAAAAACCACUAUAGCCAGAGCUCUCGGUGUCUAAGAGUCCUCCUAGAUAAAAUUACAAAUCGUCUCCCAUAUAUAUAAAUCCCAUAUAUGUAUAGAGGCACACCGCCCCCACUUUUUUCUGGGUCUCUUACAGCCCCCCUUUAGGCCUGCAGCGCCCACAAGGGGGCGUUAUCGCCCACUUUGGGAAAGGCUGAUCUAAACCUCGAAUCCAUCAAGAAACACCAAAAAGAACAACGUUGUAGUAAAUGAAAUGAAUAUAAAAAACAUAGCUUAAUCUACUUUUUUCUCCUACCUAUUCGCUGGUAGCGUAAGAGGCUAUUCCAGCUACGCCCGGAAUGGUAGGUGAGCUCACGGACUCGAUCUGAGAGAAUUUGCUAACACUAGCUCUAGUAAGACCAGUGCUUCGCAGAAUCUACCACCGGAUCGAAAUCGUGACCCACUGAGAAGAUCCGACGAGAAACAGUGGGCUUUUAUCUAGUGCAGUGGAAGAAUACGUCCACUAUAUAAGAAAUACAUGUUGAAAUGAUCUUAAAAGUGACAAAAACUAUUUUUGAACACUUAAUUGAACAUUCAUUGUCAAAGGCUUUUACUUCGAUCCGUCUGCGUUCGGAUUAAUCCGAUUCUGAUUUACGACUCCUGUUUUGUUUAAUUAGGCUUGUUCAUAAUAUUUCGCAGGAUAUGUAGGUACUAACUUGUUAAUUUUCUCGUUUAUAAUUGACAUUGCCAAGCUUAUUGCAUUUCAAUGGAUAAAUACAAACCAUCUUCGACUAUCGAAGAUAUUAAAACAAAAAUAGGAAGCAGUAAAAAAAUUCUAAUUUUAAUUGAUUUAGCGCUCUAUUAUAAAAUCAGAAAUUUCCCUAAACCUCAUUUUAGAGUGACAUGAUUUUAAGCACGUUCUUAACGCACAGAGAAAAUAAAAUAAGUGUAUUAUUGAAAUAAUAUGUUUAUUUGUUUAAAUUGCGUGUUUCUCAAGGAAAUAUUUUUCCUUGAAGGAUCUACAAGUUGCGUCAUGCACGCUUAUAUAAUAAUUUUUUAUUAAAUAAAAUAUCACGUUAGGCGAUGUCUUCACCUAAAUCAAUAUCUAGACUUUUACCUAAUAUUAUAGUAAAACUGAUAAGAGCGGUGCUUAGAAAAAUAUUCUGGUGUUGAAACAUAUGGGGCUUAGAUUAAUAAGAUGAUCAUAAAAAAAGAAGGUGAAAUUGUUCUUUGUUUCAUACAUUUCGAUAGUUCUGAUGAUAGUUGUAAGCCGCGCCAAUAAAGAAACGAACAGAAAACGGCGUCUAUGUACCUGCACUGACUAACAGAUGGUAGGGUCAACAAAUAAAUAGAAAGAUAGAAAGAAAAAGUUGUUUAUUGUAAAAAAAUAUAAAAAACAAAUAAGAAUGUACUUUACUUUACUUUGGUGCCCUAACAAAAACAACAAAAUAUAAAAUAACAACGAAAUAACGAACAAAUACAACAAAUAACAACAGAAUUUGAGAGAAAACAGAGCGCGUCGAGACAGUGUGAGAACAAAGUCAGAACUUAGGUUAUUUAGAAUCUUACUUUAAGGUCAGAACUGAUAUUUUUUUGCAUGCAGUACGCGCCGUGUGCGACUAAAGGUAGAAAUAGUUUGGAGUGAGAGCGCAUGAUCGCCGCUGCCAUUAGAUUUGUUUCUUUAUUGGCGCGGCUUGAAGGUACUGUCGAUUGUGUUUAAAUUUUUACAGUAAUUUAUUUAAAGAACUAAGACUAUUAAUGAUUAUUAAUGUGUGUGCAUUGAACCAAACGAACAAGGUAUUUUUUUUUGUAAAAAGUGUUUGUUAUUCGGUAAGAAAGUUUAUGAUAGUUUUAAAAUAGGUACUUUAUAAAAAUAUGCGGCACGACAUUACAUACAACUACAUUAAUAUUAAAUUUUAUUCACUGUU